AAUAUACUUACCGAUCUUAAGAUCGAUAAGUAAUAAUAAUCUCAUUGUAUGUACUUCUAACUGUUCUUUGCUGAAUUUAAUUUAGAAUGUAUUCCAUUUUUAGAAAUAUAAAUUUACAUUGUAUUUGGAGUGAAAGAUUAUUCAGUUUAGGCCAUCUAUUUUUUAAGACUUCUAUCUGUUUUCAAAAUGAAGCCCAGUCAAACAAAUUACUCCAACUAAUUACUAAUUGUAUAUUUUUAUUCAAGUAUGUCAAAUUUCUCGCCCUUCCGCCCCUACACCCCCCAAAAAAAAAAUUAAGAUGUUCCAUUAUCACCAACUAUGCUUUAAUUAAAAUCAUUUUCAACGGUGCAUUACAUUUUCUUUAGUUGACUGUAUGUCUAUCUAACCCUUUUUGUAUAUUUUUUUUGUUCUUCCAUUAUGCCCUUUCAACGUUACAUAUCUUUGACAGAAAAUCAGAAUGUUAAAAUUUCGAAAAAAUAAUUCAGUUACAAUUGCUAGAAAUAUGUUAAAAAGAAAUCACUCAAAAAAAGCUAUUGUUUGUUUCAUUUAUUUUUUCAUUUUGUGAUCGCCGUUUUGUUGUUAUAUUAAUUCUCAUUGUGAACCACCCGAUUAAGUUUCUAAGCUAGCACUAUAGCAUGCUAUCUACUACUGCAUUUUUCAGGUCUGGUGUAGUAACCACGUAUAGGCUUCUUCUAGGCUCAACAAUAUUUGCAUACGCCAUUUGUAACCUCUACCUGACUAUGUCAUCUAAAAAUGAUGUUACUAAGAUGUCACAAUGACGUAAAAGGGCCCUCCCAAAGUAUACCGAUGAUCGUCCAAAGCGUGCAAAUGAUCACCCGAAAUUGAGCAAGCUAUUUCUCUAGUUUUCACUCAACAUUACCGGGCUUUUGCCAAUUAAUUAAUGCUGUAGUAACAACUCUUAGUCUAAUUUUGAGCCUUCUUUAAUAUAUAGACCUGUUAUUUUAGAAGAGUAUGCCUUUGCCUCAAGAUAUUUUGAAAGUGCAUAACAGUGCAGUUUGAAUAUCCCUAUUGAAGUCUGAUUGUCGCGUUUAGUAAGGUUUAAUUACUGCAAACACUACAAAAAUAAAAUAUUUAUUUUCUGGCUUCCAUUUCUAAUUUUUGUAAUACUCGAAAUCUGAACUCAAAACAUAGGGUUACCAAUAUCGCAGCCAGCCACAAAGUAAAUGUCUAGAAAAUCACUGAAGCAGAACUGGUAGCAUUAAUACCUUCUAUUCGAUAUGUAAUUAUUCCGCCAAUUGGCUUUCAACUCAACUUUGCUUUAUAAUUUAGUAUGGGUUGGUUUCAAAUACAAAAUGAAUUGUUAGAGAAAUAUCAAAGUGAAACUGGCAGCAUCCUCACCCUCUGUUUGAUAUGUGAUUAUUCCGCCAAUUUGCUUUCAACCAGAUUUCACCGAAGCAGAACUGGCAGCAUUUACACCUUCUGUUUGAUAUGUAAAUAUUCUGCCAAUUUGCUUUCAACUCAACCUUGCUUUGUAUAUAUGAAGUUAGGCUAUUAUAUUUUCUAUGUUAUAAUUUCCUCAUAUCUGGUAUUGAUUUAUUAUGUUGAAUUAUCAAAUUCACAAUUUUUUCCACUUUUGCAGAACAUAACAGAUUUUUGGGUCAGGGGUUGUAAAAAUCAUUCGUUUCAAGCUGAGGCUGUCUGAAAUUUUUGAAUUUAAGAAUAAUUCAGAAUAUUUUAAUUAUAAAACUAUCAUUUUGAGCAAUUGAAGUUUAGCUAUCUGACACAAAAGCUUACCUACACUGAAAACUGAAAAAAAAAGGAAACUGAUAAAAUCAUUGUUUACUUUUUCUGCAUUUUAAAAUUCAACUCGUAAAAUAUAAUCGAUUUCUGUGUGCCAUUAUUGAGCAUAAGAUACCACAUAUUCCAUAUUAAAAAAAAAUAUUAUUUUAGAAUUCUGUUAGAAUCGAGGAACAUUUAGUUUUGGCCCUCUGCAUUUAAUUUAUCUGUUUUAUUCUGCAAAUGCUGUUUGAUUCUGCUUAUAUUUUUUGCUCAAAUUAUUGAUUGUUGGUCAUUGCUGAAAAGAGCAAAAGAGACAUAGCCCAUGCGACAGAAGGUGAACUGACCAUACAAACAGCGACUAUAUUAUACGUAUACAGGGUGUCUAAAAAAUUUCGCCCGAUUCUAUAGUAAUAAAAAUCAUAAGUUUAAAUAAAUUGAUUGUAUGAUAAAUGAGAAAUACCAGUACAGGCACAAUAAUAACUAUUAUUAGACAAAUACAAAGAAAUUUUAAAUUGUUUUCACUAUAAAAUCGGGCUAUAUUUUUUGGAGACCAUGUAUUUAAAGUGUGACUUUUACAGAUUAGUAUCCCCUUGGCCUGGUACUAGGUUUGUAAAUCCGGAUUAACGCCAAGAAUUUUUCAAUGAGUGGUGGGGGAAUGGGUUCUGAAUCUACACUCCUGUCUUAUAUACACCCUAAUAGUCAAGCAAGACUUUCAAGCCUAUUUAUAAACCUAGUUGUCAAAGCAUCAUUUGCCGAGCACCAUUUAACUGUUUUCGCUCAUGCUAUGUCUCAUUUUGCUCUUUCUUGUGAUUAACAACUCUAUUAUUAUUAUUACUGUAUUAAUAAUGAUAUUAUUAUAUUGUAGUUAUUCGUCAAAUAAUGUAACUUAAACACCAUCUAGUGUACAAAGUUGUGACGGAUUUAUUUUCAAAUUCCCGGUCGGAUUUAUCAUUACGAAAAUGGACUGGGAAAGGCCAAACGUUAUUCAUCCUGUCGGAAAACCUGUGGAAACAAAGUCAGAGGUUUCUGUUCCUUCUACUGAAGGUAUGCCUCCAUUAUCUGACAUCACAAAACAUAAAGGAAAGAGGAGAAAUAGAACCGGUUCAUUGAACGCCUUUUACACAUCACCAGAAUGCCGAGACACCCCUGCUCAUAGAGAUAACUCGACUCUCAGGAUGCCUCCACUGACAAGAAUCAGAAGAACACCAAUCGCUGGAGGGAGUUGGGAUGACAACAGCGUUGGUCAUGGCUCAGUAGCUGCAAGAAUGAGGAGGGAACGGAAUCGUGCUAUAUUAAGAACUCAGUCAACCACGACAAACCCUCUCUAUCAUUCUGUCGAUACGCAUGCGAAUGUAACGAGCACUCUAAACCUCAUCAACACAACAUCGCUUUCACCUUUGCCCUGUGAACGUUUCCAUGACAACAGUGAAUGGUUGAGAUAUUUAUGGGACAGUACGCCAUACCACUCGGCAGCGACAAAAAGCAGCGCAGGGAGCAUGUGUAAUAUUCCUGUAUCAGGAUAUCAAUCCAGUUCUUCACAACAACCGUGGGACACUCUCUCAAUACCAGAGUUGCAUUCAACGAAGUCAUGUGACCGAACGUGUCAUCGAACGCAUCAUAGACAUUCAUAUUCAUCAGGAUAUGCCAACACAUCCUAUCUACACUCAAGUCCAACAUCCGGAUGCGCAUCCAUCGCAAGCUCAGAUCUUGACUCCGCAGAUUUUAUGUACUUUAAUAUAAACGAUGACUCAUCAUAUUUUGACGGCGACUCGUUAUUUGCUGAAUCGUUGGGAAUGCUUGGUGACAAUGACCCAGCGUUUUCUACAAAUAUUCUAAGUUUAUUAGAAGAAGGAAGCAUUAGCUGCAGAACUCCAUUCCCAGCAAGUGAUUGGCCAGACUCUAUCAGUGAACUUGAUUUUGACUGCAGCGAGGGAAAAUCUGAUGAUGUAACAAACUGUGAUGCUCUGUCGGAUAUCGGGCCGAGCUGUUCUAGUCCUCCCCAACGUAGAAGAAUGGCCAAGCGACAAAGCGUGUCACAAAGCAAGACCAGUGAAGUAGAACAAAAUGAUGAUUAUGACACAGAUGAACAGUCAAGCAUUACUGAAGCUCAACCACCUAUGACAGAUGUACUAAAUGCAGAGGUAGAAAUGAACGGGAAAGCAGACUCACCUGAACCAGAAGUACAAGAGGCCGCCACACCGACUGACAAUACAGCGCCAAGUUCAAUAAGUGACAUCGGAUUCCUUCAUUCUAUCACUGAAUUGAACUGGAAGAAUUUCAGCAUGGAAGAAAAGGAAGAAUGCCUGAAUAAGCUGAAUUCUGUCAUUUCUGAUGUGCUAACAUCUGAGGAACAAUUGGACAUGAUGCAAAUCCUCGCUCCAAAUGCUGUGAAUGGGUCACUCUCUAGUGGUCACAUAUCUUCUAUUGAUGUUGAUUACGCUCGUUUAAAUAAAGUUAUAAAAUAUCUUGACGCACGCCUGAAUAACGACAAAACGGAAUCCUGGGAUCUCAUAAACUCACCGGAGCAGAACAACGGAACAAUAAAACUAAUCAAGCAGAAAAAAGUUGUGAAAUAUAACGACAAUGUGCCAUCUUGUAGUUACACUACAAAACAUUCAUUUCAAAUGGAAAUAGCUGAAUCAGCAAAAAAUUUUGAUGACUCGUUAAUGAAAUGUAAACCAAGAUUUUACGAGAGUACAGAUGAUACGACAAAAUUUAAGAAAUCUUCGUAUUUUGCUUCGGGAAAAAGCUUCGACGACUCGAUACGAUUUAAACAUCGUUACCCCGGGAAAUAUUUAGUCGACGAAGCGUCCGCUAUGAAACAACGAAUACGACCAGGGUCGAGACAAGAGACGUCGUCAGUAAAAAGCACCGACACGCAACAUUCGGAUAAUUGUUCUGACCCGCUAUGUUCCGGUUGUUCAACGAAUCUACGAAGGAGUAACAGCGAUGGGAAUUUACCUAAAUCUAUUGGAGCUGAAGCACAGAAGGAACACAGGAGGCAACAACGGCAAGCACGUCGAUGGGCAAAGUGGUUGAAAACUCGUCAACGGAAAGAAAAUCGUCAGCUUUUAAAAGAACAUCGUAGCGGACUUUUUGUCAACGAAAGAAAGGUCAAACUGAAAGUCGAAUGUAGGGAGGAGGUCGAUAUCGAAGUCAGUUGAUUUGAUUGGUCGGAUUAUGUUUUCCCUAUGAUGUCAUAAUGAUACUUUCUGACAUUUUCAUUGUGAACUCAUCAUACAAGAAGUUGGUAUUAUUUGUGAGGUCACAAUCAAGUUUAUUGUUGACUUCAUAAUCAAAAACUUUUCUUUCUGUAUUGUUGCAUCAUAAUUAACUGUGAAAUUGCUAGUUGUUGUUCGUCUACCUGUUUUUUCUUCUUUUAUUAUAUAAAUUUUCCUGAUAUAUUUUCUUUUUUUCAAUUAUGAAAAACUACCCCAUUUAUUGCAAAGAAGCCAAAGUCAAUAUUAUUUUGGGGUCGGUUCAAGCAAUGAAUCAAAAAUUGAAAACUGUGAUGUCAGUUACGGUCCGCAGGAAUGAUUACUCAUCCUUCUCCUAUGCUUUCGUGUCAAUAAAUCAUAGAGAGAAAUUGUGAAAACACUGAGUCAUGAUGUUGCAUGGUCAUGAAUCUUCUUGCUCCCUAAUGCAGCUAAAAUUUACCUCUGGUUAAGACAAGCCUAAUCUGCUAAACGAGGAGGACUUUUUGAACAUAAGCUGUCGGAUUAGUAUUUAAUGCUUAUUAGGAAAAUAUUGUAGUGUUGACAAGGGCCACACUGAAUGACUCGCUGGGCUGUGGCCCGUGGGCCGCCUUCUGCACAUCCCUUCGUAUCUAAUCAUGGUUUAAAGCAAUAUUUACCGAAGUAUUUCCAUAGAAAGUUGCAAGAGUUUAAAAACCAAAAAUAUAAUUUUGCUCAUUUUCUCAAAGCAGUUUUUCCGAACCCAAGACUUCUGGGGUAAAUCCCUUAAAAACAGGGGUGUGCAACCUAUGACCAGCGGGCUGAAUGCGGCCCACAAGGAAAAAUUGUGCAGCUGGUGGAGAAGUGCCAAUUUUGAAUUGUGUGCAGCUCGCGAAAUGGGUUUUUAAUUUAGUUUAAUCUGAUACGUGCGAUUACAAAUCCUAUACCUGAUUCCAAUUUAUUAUCUAUGAUGUAACAAUGUCCUGAACAAUGAACGACGCAUGUCACAAGACCAAUAACUAAAAUUUUUGUGCGUGCAACUACUAGAAAGUCAAUGUUGGAUAAAGAUGCGCCCGCGCUCAGUUAUUUGUAUCAUGCCCUCCUGUGAUAAAGGUUGCACACCCCUGCGUUAAAAUAUGAAUAUCCUACAUAAGCAUGGAGUAAAAAAUUUCCUCGUUUUGUUUUUCAAAUAAUUCAAUUCAAAACACUUUGUUUGUCACUGUAUUGUUUAUAUUUUUUCUUGUGUUUAUUUAUCCUAUUUAACUUAAUAAUAACGGCAAAAUUACUUUGAAAUAGCCAGAGACUAAGCUGCCACUAGAGGCAGCAGUAGACUGGUUCCACGGUCAUAUCGAAACAGGGUUGUUAUUUCAAGAAUCAAGAUUUGUCUGAAUCAGCAUUUCUGACUUUAAUCGAGAUAAAAGGAGUCAAAUUUUUUUUUCAAAGUUCUAACAUUCUAAGUUGGUUCAUUCGCAAUAAUCAUGCUUUAUACUACAGAUUGACUUUAACAUAUUCUAGUGAGAAAAUAACUUUUUUGAAAAGAUUACGGAAACUUUUGGGUACAAUCAUACACAAAGAAAAGUUCAAGUGUUGAAUAAUUUUCCCCAUUGACGUAGAAAUGAUUUAUGAAUUCUGUUUUUAGUGUUACACUGUUACAAACAUACAUUUUAAACCAAA